AUGCACGUUCCCCCUGAAGAUCUCCAUCAAACGGUUACUUCUUGGCCUUUCACCGCUUGGGGACUUGAUGUUAUUGGACCCAUAAAUCCACCUUCAUCCAAGGGAAAACAAUAUAUUCUGGUAGCAACAGACUAUUUCUCCAAAUGGACAGAAGUGAUCGCAUUGCGCAAUGUCAAAGAGAAAGAUGUGGACAAUUUCAUUAGACAUGCGAUAAUAUAUUUCCAUGGCAUACCGAAGAAGAUUGUUACCGACAAUGGUACCCCCUUUAAGAACAGAGGCAUGGAGAAACUGUGUCUAAAGUUCGGUAUCCAACAUUCAUUUUCAACACCUUACUAUCCACCGGCAAAUAGAUUAGCAGAGGCGUUUAACAAAAUGAUUGUGAAAAUACUAAAGAAGAUGGUGACGGGAAAUAAGCGCGACUGGGACGAAAAGUUACAGGGAGCACUAUAG